AUAUUGAAAAACAAAAACCUGUGGCUGCCUUCUUCCCUGGAGAAAACAAAGAAGAAAAAAUGGUGUAAAGUUGAAGUUCAAGAAUGGGUUCAAUAGCUCAAAGUGUUUUAAUGGCACUGACUGUAACAGUCAACCAAUUCGCUUCUUCAAACAUGCAUGCGGUUCAUAGGAACCAAGGGAAAUCGCCAUCCACCGCCUCUAAACCAAAACCAACCGAUACAAUUACGGCAUCCUCCACGAGCGGUGGUGGUGACAUCGGAGUAGCAAGGAGAGGCUUUAUGUUAUCCGUCGUGGCUUCUGCUCCCCAACUCAAUGAUUCCAGAACUCAGCUGCUCAAAAGAUACCUGAAGAAAUCAGAGGAUGUUAGCAGUAUACUUAGAAGCUUCCUGAAGAUGAAGCUGUUAUAACAGCUAAGGUUGUUAGCAAGUUAGUUUUGUUAGUUUUGGUUAGUUGCUCAGUUAAGGUGGUUGUAUUAGCAACUGAUACAGCUAAGAGUAGUAGUAUAUAAGGAGCAUCAAUCUUGUACUCAAACACACAUUUUACAUAAUAGCAAUAUCCAGAUUAUAUUCCUCUGUUAUUCACAUUUCCAAUAUGGUAUCAUUCGCCAAACAAUCCUGACUUUAUUUUGUUUUCUACCGCUGCAUGGAAGAGGAGGAGAAAAUGUCAUCGGCAGCGGCAACGGCUGCUAAACCGGUGUCGUUCACAUCCAAGUCGAUCCAACAAAUGGUGAGCUUCAUCCGCCAAGAAGCGGAGGAGAGAGCUAACGAGAUCUCUAUUUCAGUUGAUGUAACAACAGUUCCAUUUUGUUUCUUUGCGGUGAGGAAGAAGAGGGGUUUGGCAAAAGGAAUCAAGAGUGCAAUUCCUAGAGUUCAAACGAACAAUGUACCAACAAGAUGGUCACUUGCAGAGAUAAAAUCAGCUACAAUGGGGUUUUAUAAGAGUCGAAUCAUCGGCAAAGGUGGUUCAGCAGUUGUUUAUAAAGGUUAUGUUCCGUCGGCUGAAACUGUCGUGGUGAAGCGAUUCGAUCAGUUCAACGGAAAAGCAUUCACUCGUAAUCUUUUCAACACAGAGUUUGCCAUUAUGGACGGUUAGCUAAACCAUUGUAACUUG